GCUAAAGAGUGGCUGCGCUUUUGUGGUGAAAAGCAUCCGCGAUGUUCACCGCUUGGGGACCGGCCGCUCCCAACACGUGUGAUUGAUGUAGGUGGCAAAGACUCCUCGCGGGUGCGUCUUGUUGUAUCACACGGACGCUUUGACCGCUACAUCGCGCUGAGCCACUGCUGGGGCCUCCGCGAGCCCAUCACUACUACCAAAGACAACUUCGAUAGGCAUGUUAAGGAGGGAAUAGAGAUUGACGACUUGCCACAGACAUUUCGCGACGCAGUCGAAGUGGUGCGGGCACUCGGUUUUCAGUAUCUAUGGAUUGACAGCCUAUGUAUUGUUCAGCAGGAUUGCGAGGACUGGCAAAGAGAAGCCGCGCAGAUGCCGGAGGUCUAUGCGAACGCUGCAGUAACAAUCACGUCG